UGUGUAUAUACUUUGUGUCCCAGCUGAGUAACAGGAGCAGAAGAGGCUGGUGGAGCAACAGAGGAACAAUUUCAGCCAUUUGGACUCAGCUCAGCCACUACAGAGGAAACAAUGACUUCAACACAAAAAGACCAACAUGAGGCGAAAAGUCAGCACUCUCAGGAGGCCGACAAACCUCACAGAAAAAAGGGAGAGAAAACAUACAGCUGUGAUCAGUGUGGGAAGGAUUUUACCCGGGCUGGAGAAUUAAAAAGACACCAACUCUUCCAUAGUGGAGUUAAAGCGUACAGCUGUGACUUGUGUGGCAAGUCUUUUACCCUGGCUCAAAGCUUAAAGACACACCGACUCAUCCACAGUGGAGUUAAAGCGUACAGCUGUGACUUGUGUGGAAAGUCUUUUACCCUGGCUCAAAACUUAAAAACACACAGACUCAUCCACAGUGGAGUUAAAGCGUAUAGCUGUGACUUGUGUGGAAAAUCUUUUACUCUGGCUGGAGGUCUAAAAAAACACAAAAUCAUCCACAGUGAAGUUAAACCUUACAGCUGUGAGUUGUGUGGAAAGUCUUUUACUCAGGCUGGAGGUUUAAAAAUACACCAACUCAUCCACAGUGGAGUUAAACCUUACAGCUGUGACUUGUGUGGAAAGUCUUUUACCCGGGCUGGAUGCUUAAAAACACACAGACUCAUCCACAGUGGAGUUAGACCGUACAUUUGUGACUUGUGUGGAAAGUCUUUUACUCUGGCUCAAAACUUAAAAACACACCAACUCAUCCACAGUGGAGUUAAAGCACACUACUGUCACUUGUGUGGAAAGUCUUUUAAUCAAGCCCAAAACUUAAAAACACACCAACUCAUCCACAGUGGAGUUAAACCUCACAGAAGCAGAGUGAUAAAGAUGGAUCCAGUUCUCAGCCCUGUCGUCACUGUGGUGGUGGGAAAGCGUUUCUCUGUGGCCUUUGUGGAAAACCUUCAAUCAUCAACGGGACUUUAA